AUGCGUUUUCGAGGUUGGGGUCGCCGUGGUCCAGCACCGCUUUUCCCACCUUUAUAUGGACCGCCACCUGGUGCUACACCUUCAGGACCAGUAUUUGCAUGCCGACCAAUGUCGUUUGAUUUAGCACUCUGUGAAGCUAGCUUUCCAAGGAUCAAAGAAUUGGAUGAUACUGAUUUAGCACAAGCAAUAACCAAACGACAUCAGGAGAUUACGCCGACACCAGUAGAACAAACUGCAGUUCUUGGACUUAUUUCAAAAAUCAAGGCUGCGAUUGAGAAAAUCAGCGCUGCUCCCGAUCUUUUACCCUCUGUGACCGUUGAAGAAUUUCGCGAGGUUGGGUCAUUUCGAAAAGGUACUAUGCUUGCGGGUCAUAAUGUUGCCGACAUUGUUGUUGUAUUGCGUUCGCUUCCGACAGUAGAAGCAGUAUCAGCAUUGGGGCAAAAGAUUGUUGAAGAGCUGAAAGCAAAUGAUAAGGAGGUAUAUGGCUGUAUUUCUCGAGAUUUCGGCUGUGAGUUAGCUGGGCCAAAUGCGAUUGUGCGAUUGUUGAUAACUACAGUUCCGUCGAACGCAAAACUUCUCGAACCUGACCUUCAUUUGAAAGAGAGCAUAAUGAUCUCACACAUGGCUGCCCUGAGACAUGCUCGAUGGUUUGAAGAAAAUGCGUCAAAUCCAACUAUUAAGAUUUUGAUUCGUAUCAUGAAAGAUAUUCGCAACCGUUUCGAUCAGUUAAAAGACUUAAGUGUUUGGAACAUAGAAUUAAUUUCACAUUAUGCGGUAGUGAAUACGGCAUCGCAACAACCGCUUUCGGCGAGUCAAGCAUUUCGACGGUUUUUCCAACUUCUUGCUGCUGGAUUGUUGCUUCCUACUUCACCGGCUCUAAGUGAUCCUUGCGAGCAGGCUCGGCGUAUCCAUCAAUCGUUAACUUAUGAGCAAAUGGUUGGAAUUGAUGUUAUUCUAGAUCAGCUGUGUAGUUCGUCACAAACAUUGUUGCGAAUUAUUUGUCAUGGUGGUUAUAAGCAUGUAUUGGGAUUGGAAACCUCAAAAAGUGGACUGGUUACCGAUAUGACAUUCUGGGGUGAUGUGGUUGUUACACCAUUGGAAGCAGCCUAUGUUGACAAAGUAAUGGAACCCAUGUAUGAAGAUGAAAUUAGUGGCGUCAUGGCGCAGCGCCGUAUGUCAUCAUUGGCCGGUCCUUCUGAACUGAUGAUACCAAAAGCUCUUGAUGUAAAUACGAUAACUGAAACGCUGAACCAAAUGUUUCCUGCACUCCAGCUUGUUCCUGCUGAUAUCCAGAGACCGACGGCUGAAGUGAUGUGUACUAUAUAUCAAUAUAUCACCCAAUACAUCAUGGAUAUUCCGGAUGCUGUGUAUACGACACCACUGUUUGCAAUUAGCAGCUCUACGGAUAUGGAUUUAUUCGCUCAGGCAUAUCCGAAAUUAGUUAUCUUUCAAGCUUUGUCUGCCAUUGUAGAAGAUAUUUCAUCAAAUGAAAUCCAGUUCAGUUUUCUCGAUUUAGUUGCACCAGAACCUGGGCCAACGCGAAUUCUUCUUUCAACUUUGAUCAAUUUCAUCGAAUUCAUGACAAGUGCUAUUGCGAAAGCGCAUAGUAUAUUUAGCAGUGUUGAUGGCCGUAAAAGUAAGCUGGAAUCAAAAAAACUUCAUGCUAUUAAUCUUGGUAAUGAAGUACAACGCUUGCAUAACAAAACGACCAAUCGGAAACACUUAGAAAAUGAGUUCCGUGAAAAAAUGGAAAUUCUGCAACGUAGUAUAAAAGAAACGUAUGCUCAAAUCAAAGCAAUCCAAAUGGAGUUAAAAACAGUUUGUGAUGAUAAUAUCGAGAAAAGGAAAAAAUUGGUAGAAAUGCAAAAUGAGAGUAGACACCUGACAUUUCAAAACGAGGUUGUUGAUCGUGAUAUUGUUAAUUCACCUGAUCGUCUGAACGCUGAAUUAAGUGAAUUAACAAAUCAUAAGAAAUGGGAAUAUAAAGAGAAAAAAAAAGCUAGAAUAAUGAUUGCUCGAUCUAUUGAACAUGUUACGGAGAUUUUGAACAAAUCGCGUGAGCGUCAGAAAGAAGGUGUAAAACUCGAAGAAGCGAUAGUUGGUGCAGAAGAAAAGCGUAAUGAAGUGAAAGAAGAAUGUACCAAUAUGGAAGAGAAGUUAACAAAAGAGGAAAAUAAGUUGUCUGCAAUGGAAAAAGAGCGCGAGAAAGAGGAAUCACUUCACGAGAAAUCUUUGAAGGACAUGAAAGAACAUUUGGCGACAUUAGAUGAACAAGUGAAAUAUAUUCGCCAGCGAAUGCAAAAUUUUGAUAAAGAAAAUGUGGAAGUGCAACGGGAAAUUGGGAAAACAAAGAAUGAAAUUGCAGCAUUGAAUCGAACAACGAAUGCAGACAUAAUAAAUUUGGCUACGCGUCUUAAUGAAAUCCAUAAUAAAUAUUUGGAAGGUGAGAAGCUCUACGAAGAGGAUUACAACAGGAUGGAUAAUCUAAGGAACCAUCUGAUUGCAGUGCUGAAUGCAUCUGAUGUUGACACUACCUUUGAUACAUCGCUUUUAAAUAAUGUGUUAAUGAAUGAAAUGUAA